CGAGAAGACAGAGGCUGCGGCUGUUCACGUCGUGAAGACCCACAUCCUUCCACAGACUGAGAUGUGGGGAGAGCCCGAGGUGAUGGAGACCUUCAUCCAUCUUUUCCCGAAUCCGACCGAUCUUGGGAGUCAAGCCAAGAUGUGACUGUCACGGUGCGUCAUAGUUUGGAUAGGUCCUAUCUCUACAAUACUCGUUACCAUAGCAACAGAAAAAUUCACUGGAAAGCUCCAUUCCCACGAUGCAGUCCUCAUCUCUGGCUUCAAAGCCGCGGCGUGUAGACCUUAGCAGGCGGACCAAUACCUCUGCUGGACCAAAGCCUCGUGCCAAUGGUUUUCAGAGGGAGGACAAAAAUAUGAAUACCAUCACUGCGUCCUCCCAACGGCGGGUGACCAAAGGUCCCGCUGCUCCCUCCAGGAUCAAACCUGGCAUCCAGCCUCGAGCUCCAACAAUCCAGUCCAGGCUGAGCUCCCAAAAACCAGGCUCCAGCAUCAGCAAAUCGGCCAAACCGAAACCUAAAGGUGCUAGUGCCGCAACAGCAAACACGACUGCAGCAGCUCCUCCUCCUCCUCCUCUGCCGAAUGUUCUCCCUCUUGAUCCAAACUGCAAUGAGCCGAGCCUUCCAUGCCUGUGCUGUGAUGGGCGCUCGCCACAGGACAACAACAGCAUGUUCAACCAUAACCACAACAACAACAACACCAUCUCUCUCAAGCAACAGUUGCAGCUACCGCCUCCACCAGCUCCAUCAACCCAGAAGCAUGAUGGGACUGGAGCCAAGGAGCAGACUCCAUCCCAAGCACAGGUCCAGAUGCAGCCUUCUCUCCACCCUGCUGCCAAUCUGGGAGCUGCAGAAAGGAGUGCAGAUGAAAAUGUUGCUGUCAAUCUAGAAAAUAAGGAAGAAGGGAAGCAGAACGAUGCAGAAGAAGUGAGUAACAUAGAUACCGAUAGUGAUGAUGAUUUUGAAGAGGACGACGAUGAGGACGACGAUGAUGAUGACAGCGAGGAUGAUGACACCCUGGUGCCAUCCUCUUGUGGCUGUCCCCCAUCCUUCCUGGAUUUUUCACUCUCCUCCUCUACCUCCUCAUCCUCCACUUCCAUAAGCUCCUGCUCUGACCUGGAGUCUGACUGCACGAAUCAGUGUUCCUCUAUCUGUUCCACCGAAGACCAGGACAGCCUGUCUCUGGCUUAUUCCCUCAAAGACCCCUCUUUUACACAGGCACCUGAAUGCCAGCCACCCACACGGUCACCUCCGUCUCGUCCUGUCAGCAAAAACCCCUUUUCCUUUCCAUCAAACGUGGCUCUCUGUUCCCCAGAUGAAGGCUUCCCCUCCGCACUCGACUCUCCUUCUCCCGACUACUUGGGAGUUAAAGGUGACUCUGAAGUUGCCAAACUUGACCUCCUUGACUUUCUAGAGUCUGUGGGGGAAUUUGGAAAAAUGGAGCGCUUCAGCCAGGUGAUUCAAGUGGCUCGAUGGGAUCUAGAAGGGGAACAACACUGGGAUGUUUUGCGCUAUCGGUUAGAUCACCUGGAUCGCCUUGAAAAGGUGAACAGGGAGGUCAAAUUGGCUUAUAUUGCUAGACUUCACGACAAAGGCUAUGAUCUUGGAGAUUUGGAGGAGCAAAACCUCACGGAUAUCAUGGAUGAAAUGGGGAACAUAGAUGUUUCAUGGAAGUUGUAUAAAACCCAGGAUGGAACGAUGGGGGAGUCUCAGGAGUUUUCUGAUGCAGGGGUCGACCUCACUGCUCUGUCAGACAUUGACGAACCUUUUCUGCCAGAUUCUCUCCCUCCAUCCUCCAUCGAGCCCCCACCAAGACCUCCCAAGCCUCCAGCACGCCACGAGAGUGUGAACUCUGACCUCCACACCUACAUAAACAUCUCCAGGGAGACCACCUCAAUGGCUGUCACCACCUCACCAACACUGUCCACUUUCUCCCCAAAUUCCACCUCCCCCACAUUUACCACAUUCAGAUGUGAGAAGCCCCUCCCACUGUCUCCACCAUCCGUCCCUCCUCUCCCCACCUCUAAGCCGAUCCCUUACCUUUCGCUGUAUACCACUCCCAGUCCACCGCCAUCCGCCCCCACCCCAACUCCACCUAUCCCUCCCCCCCGAAGGCGACACCUCGCCAGAAAAGAAGCCCAGCGUCUCGCCGCCCUUCAGGCUGAACAAGAGAAAACCCCACUGUCUCUUCCGCCGCCUACAUCACGCCCUCCGCCCUUGCCGCCUCCCCCUGUUAUCUCAAUUACAUCCUCUCCACCUGCCAUACCACCUCCACCCACUCUCCCUCCGCCCCCUUCAUUCCAUGCACUCGAUGUAGAGAUACGUAAGCUGCUCAUGCUUGCAGGACUGACCCAAGCAGAGCUCCUCAAACUCAGCCCAGAGCUGGGCGUCUGCGUUGGGGGGUUGGAGGACGAGCAGGAGGAGUUGCAGGAGUUUAGACUGCAAGACAGGGAGAAGGACAAAAAGUCUGAAACAACUAGAGAUGAAAUCAGCUGGACAAGAAAGGCAGAAAGAGAUGAAGAUUCAGAUGCAGCCAAGGAAGCCCGAAACAAAGACGAGAACAAAGAGAAACACAGAACCACCACCUUUACUGAAAUGGCAAGAAGAAGGAAGAAAACAUCUAACCUGUACUUCCAGGCCCCUGUUAGCAACCUUCAUGAAACUGUCUCAAGAAACACCAACAUUAAGGCUUUCCAUUAUCCUUCUGAGUUAGCAGAUUCACCUCCACCCCCUCCUCCUCCUCGACCUUUACCACCAAUACCACCUUCUUUGCCCCCUGUUAAAGUCAGCACUCUGCCUGCCAACUCCAAACAACCUGAGCGUUUCGAUUGGCUCAUAGCUUUCACACCUGAAUGCGAAGCUCCACCGCAUGUGUUGCUGGAAACAAAAUCUCACGUGGACACAUCAAAGAAGUCCAGCUCAUCGGGUUCAUCUCCUGGGUCCGCUCCAAAGGUCACAACCUUUAAGGAGCUGCGUUUCCGCAACAAGAACACCUCUCCUCCAACUAAAUUAAUCACUGAACCCGAUCCCGACCCCACAGUCAUCACUCCUGAUCCAGACAUUCUGUACAACCUGAAGUGGAGAAAAGAAAAGGCUGGCAGCGAUGGCAGUCAAUGGGAGUACACCUCGCAGGCUCAGGCCCUCUUCAUGCAGCCUCCACCAGCUCUUACCUCCAUGGCUGCCCUGCAGGAGAUGCUGCAGAGAGCUGACAAGGAAGGUGGACAGCUAGAGCUGUGCCCAUCACCCAAGAUUGGCUUCUCGGUCAGUGACAGCAACCUGCUGACCACAGGAAGACAGUGGGAGAAGAAGGAAGACAAACAUGAAGACAAGGAAGGGAAGGAACAAGGUGGAAAGGAUGUGGAGGUUAGAGGAAGGGCAGAUGGAGGAAGAACUGUCGAAUCAAGAACUACAGCGUUUUUUGCUUUUCUGCCUCGGCCCUUGAACGUAACAGUUUCCUCACCCCCACUCUCCCUUGCCCGACCCUCCCAACCUUAUUUCCUGCACCCUUCCCUUCCCCGCUUUCGCCCUGGCUUCUGUAACUCACAACCGCUUGCAGAUCCCAGGCCACACAGCCAUGUUGGCAAAGAGACACGGGGACCUUCUGCUGCCAGCUCCCCCUGCAUCCACAGAAAUGACUUCAGCUCUGUUGAAAACUCUGGAUUUAAUCCUGAUUCUCUGGCUGAUUUUGGUGCAAACCGUUCUAACUUUGCAGAUGAUCUUAUGCACAACACACACUUGGCGUAUGGAUGGAACAAUGACUCCAAAACAACCAGAGGGGACUUUGUGUCUGACUCAUUCCCCAAUCUCGACUCUCUUUGCUGCAUUAGUUCUGACACUCACACAAAGUCUGACAUACCUGUUAGUAGCACCACGGAGGCGUCAUGUUGCACCACGCCGUACAAGAACAUCGAUGUUAUGAUGGCACACUCAGAGAGCAUGAGUGCUGUGGAUUCUCUGUACUCAGAGAAGUGUGCACAUGUGGAUGAAAGCAGCACUAAGGCCAGAACAUCCAAAGAACUCCCCCCGCUUCCCACCUACUACCUGCACCACCCGAAGAACUGCCCUCUUCAUCGAGGUGCACCUCCUCGCCUGUCCCCCAUCGGAGCGCUGUCCCCACCCCAGCGCUGCGGAGGCCCCCCUCCAGGUGUAGCUGGAUCUGGCCUCAGCUCCCCACUUUUCCCCCGCUCUCACACCUUGCCUGCUUUAGCUGCUCCCCUCUAUUAUCCCAACCUGUACCCCCCCGUUCCACCCCGGGCACCUCCCCUGCCCCCAAAACUCUUCCAGGCUCCUCCAAAGUCACGUGCGGCGACUGUGCGCAGCGUCUCAUUUGGCGGCUCCGUCCAGAAAACCGAGGUCCUCUGGAUGGGCGAGGAUGUGAAGUAUCUGCUGAGAGGUGACCUGUCCUCUCAGUGUCUGCAGGAAAAGAAAGCGCUGGUCAGUGCGGUCAGCGUGGCAGUGGAGGCCAUCUUAGCUCAGUUUAGUUCCUCUCGGACCGUAGUGCAGAAGUCAUUUUUAGUUAAGGAGACCUUAUCAGGCGACAGCACUGUAAAUCCAUCGCUGGGUCGUCUGGUGCUGCAGUGCCUCUGCCCUGCCCUCCACAGUUUGCUGAUCGAUGGCUUGAAACCUCACCAGAGCGAUCUGAUUGCAGGCAGGAGACCAAACUCUGCCUGGAGUCUUGUGCAUGCCACAACGAGACCAGCGCCUAAAACUCAAGCCCUGUACAACCUUCAAGUCCGUGUCAGCGAACUGCCUCAACUCAAACAAAGCAAACACAGAUUCAAUGCUUUCAUCCUUGGUCUGCUGAACAUCAAGCAUCUUGAUUUCUGGUUGUCUCAUCUUCAGUCUCGCAGUGAUGUUCUGGACAUGUAUUACUACCCCACCUCUUUUAUGCGCCUGUCAGUUACCGCCUGCCAGCCCCUGUUCAAGGAGCUCCUUCUCGUGUUGCAACCUCUCAGCCUGCUCACCUUUAACAUGGACUUGCUCUUCCAGCACCAUCAUGUAGAUGCAGACAGUCACAGGCCGCAGAUCCCCAGCCCUCCCUUUAGGGAGGAAGGAAUCCAGCUGUCAGCGCAGAGCCAGACCAAAACCAGGGGCUACAGACACAUGGAGAGCCUCUCAGGAGUGGACUUUGGAAGUUCAAAAAGUCCAGCAACUAAAGAGACAGAGCCUUUAUCUCUGGCUGAUCUAGAGAAUAAAGGGUCAGGAACGUCUGCACACACCGAUGAAGCUGUGGAGGUCUCACACACAAGUCCUCAGCUGCUGUGGGUUCAGACAAAGGAAAUCGAAGAUUUACCCCCUCCUAAUAUUGACGAAGAUAGCUUCACUCAACAGGCAGGACAGGUGAUUCAGCAGGGGUGGGGCACUGUGAUGCGCUGGGGAGGCAAGCUGAGCCAAAACCUAGCUGACCUGAGCCUGUCACCGGUGAAGAAGGAGGAGAUGAAGACUGACCUCCCAGACAUUCAGGCUGGAGGGGACUUCACUCCUGUUGGCAGUGGUGCUCAGGUUCCCUGGGGCCUGGGACGACUCUUUGGAGCAUCUAAAAGCCCAAGCAGCCCUACCGGUCACACAGUCCCAACCAGACGCCCCUCUCAGUGGUUGGCUCCUGGUGUCACAGCUUUCACCAGGAUGGUGAGCAGCAACUCCACCCCAAUGCUGCGACGGACGCCCGAGCCUCUGGAGGAAAGAACGCCCACGCCAGAGAAGGAUGCCGACGCCCAAGAGAGGCAGGACAAACCCAGACCGCUCAGGUCUGUUCGAGCGCUCUGCGACCACACUGGAAAUGGGUCGGAGCUCAGCUUCUGCAAAGGGGAGGAACUGGUGGUGUUGGGUGGCGUGGAUCAAGACUGGAUUCGUUGUCGCCAAGGAGACAGAGAAGGGCUGGUACCAAUCGGCUACACCUCCCUUAUAAUGUGACACUGGUACCAUAACUGCUGCACUUAAUCAGUACUUAAAUAAAUGAAUGAAAAAACAAACAAACAAAAAAAAUUAAUUCAUAUGAAGAGUAUAAAUAUAUAUUUAGGGGAUUGCGGAGAGUUAGCAGAAAGGCUGCACUACUCCAAAGGAGAUAUUUCACUCAGGCUUGAUUACAGUUGGAGUUGGGUACAUCACGCCAUCUGCUCUUCUUCCUCAGGAGCGAUCUGCAUCCCUCUCCUCUUAAUACUGCAUGGGCAUUUUUCCCAUCCCAAUCCAGUCUGGUAGCAUUCAGCAGAGGAGCUGUCAAAAUGCAGCAGAUGGUGGUAUAUAAAGUAUAUGAAUUAUGUCCUGAGUCAUAUGGACUACUUGAAGCCUUCAGAUCUAUGAGUGAAUUAUCCCUUUGUGUGUUUUUUUUUCUCAGUUUCUACCACCAGAUUCCUUCCAUCAGAUUGGAGCUCUUUCAGAUCAGCUGCUCUGUAUUCCUUAAUGUUGUACUUAGCAGUUCAUCAAGGGAAGAAAACAUUUUGGAGUAGUGAGCCUGAGCUCCUGGGAGUUGAUGUAGUGAACUGUAGCUGUGUACAUCUGUGUUUCAAUGACCUUUCACCUUUACUGACCUCUCAUUCCUUUUCGCCUGGUUCAUGUGUGUUUCUGCCUAUAUAUUUACCUGUAUAAAUAUAUAUAUACAUACAUCUUUAAAAAUAUAUAAAAUAUAUGUAUAGAUAUAUAAAUACAUAUUGUCACGACUGGUGGAAAAGAUGGGAGUACGCAGAUGAUGUAAGGAGAUGUGGAAAACUGGCCAUAGGUCUGAAGCGACUGAUAAGAGGAUUGAUCCCUAUAUAUAUAUGUGUGUGUGUGUGUGUGUGUGUAAGUGGCCUCACCCAAGUGGGUUUCAUACAUGCAUAAGUAAAUGUUUUUAAAGUAUGUACAAAAACUCGCUAUCAUCCCUCCUAACUGCCCAAAAUUCAAAACAAUAGUAGAAAGAGUUCCACUUUGAGUUUUAGUUACCAUAAAUGACUAAAUACACAUAAUCAGUCAGAGCCUGUCUGAAGAUAAAGCCAAAAAAAAUGAAAUCUACAGCUAAUCUUGUUAUUGAAAACCUAAGAAAACUGUACCUAGCUUUUUAAUCCUUUUUAAUGUGAUAAUCCCAUAUGGAUGUAACUCCUACUCGCCCGUGGAUUUGGUGGUUCACCUCAUAUCUCAGCUUUUGUGUUUCCUUUCAUGUCGUCCCAUCAUAAAUAACUAAAUAUUGGUAGUAAUGAUAUUGAAAAUGUGCUUCUUUGUGUCAUCUAUUUCUCAGUUUAAUUUCUGUUUUUUUUACUAUGCAUAUGGAUAAAAAUGUUCAAAUGUUUAUGUCAUUAAGUCAAUAUUUCAGUUUGAUGGACAUAUUAGGCAUAAAAAAUGAACACAUUAAAAAAAAAAAAGAAUCAUCCAUUUGAGUGAUUAGAAUCAUUGAUGCUGAUCAGGGCAAGAGUUCAGGGAAACUUAACAGAUUUGUUUGUGUUGUUGUGCCAUGAAGCAUGAGAUAACUAGCACUAUGGCAAUAGUUCAGUAGCAGUGAAUCCGUAAGAAACGAUCAUGGUGAAAUCAUAUUGACCGUAAUAGGAAAUAGGGCAAAGAAAAUAAUGUUAGUGAAUGAGUGCUACCCGUUUUUUUACAGUACAUACAUGAUUGCUUGGAGGCUCCUAAAUCUAGCGGGUAUGCUAUCUCUCCUUCUAAUGAGGUUUUAAAGGAAGUGUGAGUGUGCACACGUGGCAGUGUGAGCAUGCUAAAAGCAGAGAGGUGUGCGUGUCUGCACUUCCACCGUGUGUGUGGUUAGCCAUGAGUUGUGGACAUCUUCCUCCUCCUCUCUUUGGUGUGUCAUGUAGCCUAUAUACUGUUGCAUAUAGUUGCCAGUGUGAGUCACUGUCCACUUCCUGCAUGUGCUUGUUUGUAAAUACACCAAAUAAAAAUUAUCUGUACAAAUCA